AUGGCCGGUGCUGUCAAUACCAAUGCUCCUGUUGAUAAUAGUACUGUAUUUGUUCGUAACGGCAACAAUGCUAGCCGCACCACUUCUACUGCGGCUGCCACUGCUUGUGGUGAUGUUGUUCAAGGUUUCAAGGCAUUGCCCUUUGGUAUGGCAUUAUGGCGAGUACCAGCUUGGGCUGUUGCGACACUGAUGCUACUGACUGGUAGUAUGAAUACUCUUUCUAAGAAGGCUAUGUUCGAGACGUGUGCACCAAGCAUCACCAGGCACACCGGAGGUAAGAGCUCCUGA